AUGGGGGACAAUUUAUGUUUAAAGCCAGAAUGCACGACCUGUCAGAACGUUUCUAGUAAGCAUAUUCCCAAACUUAUGCAGGAUAAUAAAAACUACGAGAUCACUAAUAACCAAGGAGAAUCACUUUAUUCAAUAGUAAAAAAGAACGAAGAAAGCAGAUUAUUCAUUAUAAUACUGUGAGUAAUUGUAAAGAAACAAAAAUUUUGAAGACUUCAGAAAUAUUAG